CAUAUUUAGGGAUAUUUGCAAAACGUGUCAUAUUUCUCUCUUCAGUGUGUCUGGAAAAGCUAAUGCAAGCUGAUGCAUGACCCGUUAUUUAGGACUCAUACAGAGUAAAUAAAGCUUUAAAGUUAACGGUAUUGUGCUUGAGUCCAUCAGUUUUCUCCAGAUUUAAUCAGGUACAAGCUGUGCUUGUGAAAAGGUUGAAGAUGUCCAACUGCACCCUCAAAAUCACCACCACAGUCGAGAACCUACAAAAAGUCACUUCCAUUCCCACCUUCAUUUUCGGGGUCCUGGGGAACAUUUACGUCUUGGUGAUGUUCUGCCGCCGUUCCAGAGCAAAAUGGACCUACAUGAACGUCUACAUCACCAACAUGGCCAUCGCUGACUGCGCUCUGUUGACGUUCCUGCCCGUUAAGAUUCAUUACUACAGCAGGCCAUUGGCAGAGCAUUUAAAGGCACUGUGUAAUUUAGUUUUGUUGGUUUAUUACGUCAACAUGUAUGUGAGCAUCUUCAUCAUCACGGCCAUAAGCGUGGUGCGGUACGUGGCCAUCAAGUAUCCCAUGAAAGCCAGGAAUAUCUUCUCUUGCAGGAACGCUCUGGUGGUUUGCGCGCUCAUUUGGUUCACCAUUUGCUCCAUCAGCCCGGUUUACUUCGUUACGGACUCCAAUAACGACAAGACCAUGUGCUUCCAGAGGGUCAAGGGAGCAUUGUCGUUGCAUUUCGUUUUGUUGUUGGUCAUCGUUGGAUUCCUAGUGCCGUUCCUCAUCAUGCUGUUCUGCUCCGUUAGAGUCGUUUGCACUUUAAAGAAACAGUUGGACGUCGGAUCGCGUUCUGAGAAGAUCCAAUGCAUGUUUAUCAUCGUGGCCAAUUUAGUUGUUUUCGUCGUAUGCUUUCUCCCCGUCCACUUGGGUUACCUCGUUAAAUACAUCGUGCAAAACAAGUACGCAAACACAGACGAUAACGAAAGCUGCUACUAUAAACUGGUCGCGCACAACUUCCUGCACAUUGCUCUUUGCUUUUCCAAUAUGAACUGCGGUUUGGACUGCUUUAGCUAUUUUUUCGCAACCAAAACGUCCUGGAAUAUGUGCUGCAUGAAUGACACUAACAAUAAAGAAGGUGAAUGUGAUUACAACACCGUUUCGGAUGCAGUUAGUACGCCAACGUAAUUGUUUCGACUGGGUUUUGUUUUAUUACGUGGUUCCUUUUUGAACGUUGUAUGCACUCUGUACUCAUAAAUAAGGGUUGCAGUUAGUGCUGGGCGGUAUACCGGUUCAUACCGAA